GGGGAGCCAGAACCACUAGAGACAGAGACAGGCCUCCCCUAACUGCAGGACAUUUCUCCAAGCAUCAUGGCUGAGCCAAAAUCCAUGCAAAGCGAGCCCAUGCCUUUAGAUAUGGAGAACCGUGACCCCAAUAACAUGAAUGAGCAUGUUAGGGUCCUCUUCGAAGAUGCCUUUGGAGAGCCUGAUGGAUCCCACAGUAUUGACGGGGUAUGGGGUAUGUCCUUCAAGACAUUCAACGGCGUGAAGAACUGCUGUUACAUAGUGCUGUCCAUACUAUGCGGCUGCCCAAUGGCCUUUUGCUGGGCCCUGGACUUUGCUUGCAUUCAGUGCUGUCACAUCUGGAUGAUUGGACCUUGUGUGCACAUCUGGAAGAUGAAUGUGUCCUGUCUGAAGAUGUUCUGGAGCUCAUGCGUGCAUUGUCUGUGCGACCCAUGCUGGGAAGCGUGCGGCCUGUGUCUCAGCCUCAUCCGUGUACAAAACAAGAACGGAUAAUGUACCGGUCCUCACCUCAUCAGCUCCUAACCCUGACACUACUGAGGUCCAACUGUCCCUGUAUAUAUAACAACACUGCUGCACUGUCCUACAAAGCACAAUGUAUCACAGCAAGCGUCCUGCAAUGUUACACACCUUGACAUUGCAAUGGUUCCUAUGUCCGUAUCGUUCUGUCCCCAAGAGGACAAUUAUUAUCCAAGAGUAACUAAUUACUGGACUGUUAUAUUCGUUAUAGCAUUAAUAUUACCCCAUUGUGAUGUUCGUUCCUGAUAAUAAAGAGUUUUGUGCCUCAAAGUGA